GCUGUUGUUGAUGUUUCUUUCUCCUUACUUUUCAAAUUGGAAAUGAUGCUGCUACAAAUUAGUGAAUUUAGAACAUUUUUUGGUUGAAAAGACACGAAUUAGAGUCAUGCCGAAAAAGCUAUCUACAAACCCAAAAGCAGAGGCUGCAAGAGAAAGAAAAGAAACUAAAAAGAAUGAGGAAAGGGACCGUGUUGAAAAGGAGAAAGAAGAUGCUCUUUGGAGGGAUGGUCAUAAACUAACCGCAAAAAAGCAACAGAGAAAGGAGGAUAAAGAUCAGAAGCGGCUGUUGGAACUACAGCGGAAAAAGGAGUUAAAGGCUUUGUUGGAAAAAGAGGAGGCCAGUCUUGGAGGAAAGUCCAAAUCUGCAGCACCUGUAGCAAAAGUCACAAGAGCACAAAUAGAAACACAAAAGCAAAAGGAGGUGCAGCUGCGACAAAAUGAAGAAGCCAUGAGGAAAAAGGAAGAAGAAGCAAUGAAUGAUUUUACAGGUGAUAAUCCCAAUCGUUCAAUGGCAGAACACUUAGAGAAAGAAGGCAUUACUGAAGCAAGGAAUGUUGAAGAUGCAAUUGCUGUUCUAAAAGUGAAGGAGGAUGAAACAAACCCUGUUGAUAAACAUCCAGAAAAGAGAAUGAAAGCAGCUUAUGCUGCCUUCGAAGAAGAAAACCUCCCAAGAUUAAAGGAAGAGAACCCUAACCUUCGAAUGUCUCAAUUGAAACAAUUAUUAAGAAAGGAAUGGAUAAAAUCACCAAGUAAUCCAAUGAAUCAAGCAUUGAGCCGAUAAUUGCUGUAUUUGUAUUCAGUUUGUAGGUUAAUUCAUUCUAUUUAUAAAUUUAUCAGUAUAUUUUUUUGAAACAUUCUUAAAUCAUGCAGAAAA